CUUGUUUUUACUCUGCCUUGGAUUCCCCUUUCUGUGAUUUGUGAAGAAAAAAGUUAAUUGCUUUAUUGGAAUAUGAGCUUUAAGUGAUGGGUCUUUGCUUAAUAUUAAGCCUCAGGUCGAACUAGCUCACUUCAAAAACCUCAAACCUUUCAGGAUUUUUCCGUUUCUGGGUAGUUCAUUUUAUUGGUGUUAGCAUGGAUUCCCCACAAUCGGUUGUGUCACCAUUGAAGAGCUCUGUUGUAGCCGAGUGCGAGAAGCAGAAACCCAAUUUUUUCAACGGAUCUGAUGUUAACAAAAUCGAAGCUGUUUCGUUGAAAAAAGACAACAUCCUUGGUGUUCUUGAGGUUUAUGUCCAUCAGGCAAGGGACAUCCAUAACAUCUGCAUUUACCACAAGCAAGAUGUGUAUGCUAAGCUUUGUCUCACCAGUGACCCUGAGAGCACAGUUUCCACCAAGAUCAUCAAUGGUGGAGGGAGGAAUCCGGUGUUCAACGAUAACCUUUGCCUCGACGUUCAUAACGUUGAUUCGUCUCUGAAGAUCGAGAUAUUCAUGAUGAGUAGAGUGAGGAAUUAUCUCGAGGACCAGUUGCUUGGGCUUGCAUUGGUGCCACUGUCUGAAGUUAUCGUCAAGAAUGGGAAAUUGGAGAAAGAGUUCUCUCUGUCUUCAACUGAUCUGUUCCAUUCACCUGCAGGUUUUGUUCAAUUGUCGCUUGCGUAUGUUGGAUCGUCUCCUGAUGUAAUGGCUAUUCCUGAUGUUGUUCCUGAUGAAAUUGUGAAGGAUUCGGAAACAAGUGAGUUCGAAAAGAUCGAGUUUCCGGAUCUGAAAAUCGUGAAUGAGAACCAGAUGAUGGUGUCCGAGUACUUCGGGAUCCCAUGUUCGAAUUUGGACUCUGAAAGUUUGGCCACCUCUGAUGCUGAGAACUCAGAAAUGGGUGUUAAUGUACUUGAAAGCUUCUCAACUGCUACAUUAGAUUCAAACCAAGUCCCCAAGCUUGAUUCUCCCCCAAGCAGUGUGUCAACCAAUAGGGUUUCACUUUCAUCUCCAUCCGCUGCAGCAAGCUCUGAGUCCUCCGAUGGUGCUUCGAAGACUCCCACUCAGGGACACACUUCAGUCCUGAAAGAGAAAACAGUCCACGUUAGAGAUGGCGACAACAGGGAUUCCUCGGAGGCGAAACCCAUUGUUUCUGUCAAUAUUGAGCCUGAAAUGCAGGUGGUACAGCAAGAUAUAGUGGACAUGUACAUGAAAAGCAUGCAGCAGUUUACAGAAUCAUUGGCUAAGAUGAAACUGCCCCUGGACAUCGAUAGUGGACCGACCAAAUCGGAAAAUUCAAGUACUACAACCGAUCAGAAAAUGCAGGCAUCGAAGAACAAGGGGUCACGGGUGUUCUAUGGAAGCAGGGCAUUUUUCUAAAGCCCUGUGCUUCAGAUUUUCAAAAGGAAGACACACAGGUGACUUGAGAUUUUAGGGUGGGUGACUGCAAUGUGCUGUUUUGCUUUAGACAUUCAACAUGCCUUUAGAUGAAGGGGGAAAACCGUAACUUACUAGCUUUGUUCCACUGCAACUACUGCUAGUAUAUAUAUGAAUGAACCCAUUUU